AUGUCGGCAACACCAAGCCGACGGCCCUCAACGCUAUCUCAGUCCCAUCCACAAUCAGCACAAUCGCGCAGACGAAGCGCUGCCCACACCUCAGUCUCAGAAGCAAGACCCCUGCCAGAAUACGAGCCACCCGAGGCACCCCUCACAGCAGAAAGCCAGCGCCAAAUCGCCGCCCUCCUCGCAUCACACCACCUCCGUAACCUCCGCACGCACCUCCAACAUGCCGCCGAGAAACUCACACACUCAGGUGGUGAAGUAAACGAGCGCCUUAGUGACGCCAGGACCCGGUACGAGAAAUUAAAGGAAGCGCGCCGGCGUCAAGGCGACGAGAAUGUCGAUGACGACGAGGCCAAUGAGGAGUACCAGCGGCUUGCUGAGGCAGAGGCUCGAGUUGAUGCUAUUACAGCGCGGAUGGAGGAGAAGACACGACUACUUGUCGACUCAGAAAUAAAGCUCCAGGGGUUGACUGAUGCGAUGAGUCAAAUUGAAAGGGAGGAGGGUGAGACUGUUGCUGCUGCUUUAGGAGUGAGACAGACUCGUCAGCAGCGGGCAAGACAGAGAGCCAAUAAUGGCGAUGAUGCUGAUGAGACUGAGGAUCCUACCGAUGCUGAUUAUGAGGAUGAGCAAGAGAGAGAGAUGCGGGAGCGCAAUGCACAGAAUCCGCCUAGUCGCAAGCUGGAGGAUAAGUUGGCAGAGGGCGUUCAGAAGUGGAACGAGCUUUCUUUGACAGAGAGAUAUGCCAGCAAUAACUCCUACAUUGGCUUCUACCGGAUGGUACACGACUCCAAGUUCCCCGGCGACGACGUCCCGCCACUGCCCCACUCAUCUACAUGGUUCGAGCACAUGGAAGAUAGGAAUGCGCGAUCAGGGGCAUCAGCACGUACACGCAACCGGAACCGUGGCGUCUCACCCGCCGGCUCCGACGACGACAUUGCCAUUGAGCGCGAGCGCAUCUCCCUCAAAUGCCCAUUGACUCUCACACCUUACCAGGAUCCAGUGACGAGCACCAAAUGUCCGCACAGCUUCGAGCGCGAGGCCAUUAUGGAUAUGAUCAACCGCAGCCCGACGACUAUUGCACCCCCAGCAUCUCGUCGGGGACAGCGUCGCGUGCAUGUGGUCAAAUGUCCCGUUUGUUCUACUCCGCUGACUGCGGACGAUUUGCGCCCAGAUCCUGUUCUACUACGACGUGUUCGCCGAGCUCAAGAGCUCCAGGAGCGCGAAGAAGAUGAUGAUCACCUUGAAGGGGAUGGGAGAAAGCAGAAGGAUCGGAGUACCGGCAUUACCUUGGGUAGUGACGUGGAAAGCGAUGAUGAUGCUAUGGAUGUUGAUGCCAACCCUCCCUCACAGCGUAUCAAAAUGGAGCCGCUCAGUCAGGCUGCUCCAGCCGCUCAAUCCGAUGAUGAAUCGGGUGACGAUGCGGCGAGUCAAGAUGUUGAGCAUGAGGGUGCGGAGGAUGUGGAAGGGGAGAGUGAAGAGGGAGAGAAUGAACAAGAAGAGAACGAAGAGGUGGAUAUUGAGGAACCGGGCAAUGAAGAAGAGAGCGAAGCGGAGAACGAAGAAGCGGAGAAUGGGGAAGCGGAGAUUGAGGAGCCGGUCAACGAAGUGGAGAAUGAAAUGGCCGAGAUUGAACAAGGGCAGACCCAAGAAGAGCCGAACGAAGAGGUGGAAAUUGAUGAGCCUGACAACGAAGAAGAGCAGAAUGAAGAGGAGAAUGGGAACGUGGAAGAUGAUGAUGUGGAUAGUGAGGAAGGGCAGAACGAGGCUGCGGGUUCUCAGCAGGAACCUGCAGAUGUGCAGACUGAGAUAGGGCAGGAUAAAGACGACAGUGAGGACGGCAGCGAAGACACUGAAGACAGUGACAGUGAUAUCGAACCCAAAUUCGAGAGUGGGUCCGAGGAUGAGGAAGGAGAAAGCCAAGAGAGUGAUUGA